CUGUGUCUGCUAUUGGCUGUGUUCAGCAGAUGGCGCAAUUCAAACGUAGACAAAGUCACAUUAUACAUAAAGACCAACUCGUCGCAACACUUUAUUUGAUUCCGGAUGAAACCGUGGUGGAAUAUUUCAACGAUAUUUACUUCUGUUUGAUUUUAUUUCUAGGCACUUCACAAAGGUUGUGAUAUACAGUGAAGCUUCCUAACACGCAUGGGAACAUGUCAGGACUGUGUCAGGACCGAAGCAGCCGGUGGCAGAGUAUUGAAAAAGGCCUGCAGUUCAUCCAGUCUACCCUGCCAUUCAAUGGCUCUCAGGAGGAUUAUGAGCUGUUUCUUCAGGACCUGGUGAGGAAUCUGUUCGGUGAGGGCAAUGACGUGUUCAGCGAAGGAGACUGGGCACGAUCUGUCGAGCUUUACACCGAAGCUCUCGGCGUAUCUGAAUAUGCAGCAUCAGAAGACAUCGACGUACCUCGUGAAACGAGGGAGAGGCUCCAUGCUAACCGUGCCGCAGCCUACUUACACAUUGGUCUCCAUGACCAAGCCUUGGAGGACUGUGACCAAGCUCUUCAGCUGAACGAGAACAAUUACAGAGCACAGUAUAGAAAAGCCAGAUGCCUUAAAGAGUUAGGGAGACACCAGGAGGCCUAUGAUGUCGUCGCUAAGUGCUCCAUGGCAGUGCCUCAGGAUAGUAGAGUGAUUGAACUGACACAGGACCUUGCCAAAGUAUUGGGAUUAAAAAUCCGUAAAGCCUACGUCAGAGGCAAGCCUGCCUUAAACGUUUUAUCUGGACCCAGUGCAUCGGGAGCAACAAAUGAAAAGUUUUCUCAGAGCUCUUCUUCCGUAGAAGACAUCGAAAUAGACGAGUGUCUACAUGCUCAGGCCACUGGCACUUUGUUGCCAGUUAAUAUGCCAGUGUGUCCUCCUGGGAGGCAGAUAACUGAAGCGGAGCCUCAGCCUGUAAAUAUAAUAUCCACCAUAACCCCCGCUGUCCUGUCGAACCCUGAGCCCCAUUUUUUGGUCCUGCCUGUGGUAAACGGAUCCAAGCCCAGCGAUUCUUUUGCACAGCUAGACUUGGACGGAGAGAUUUUAGGAGAUGAUCUGGAUGAACUGCUGGAUAAAGCAGCUCCAGCUGACCCUCCCAUGGUCAUUCCGACAGUGACGGGUCCUCUUCCCUUAACGAGCAGUAUGGUAACUCCGUCCUCCGUGGCCGCUACCCUUGGGUCAAACCCCUACAUGCUCAUUACUCCACAGUGCACCGUGACUCUGCCUGCACCUUAUCACAAACCCAACGCAUCCUACCCCUUCAACCUGAACACCUUCCCCUCACAGCUGGAUUCACUGGACAGCUUGUCUAUUUCUGAUUCUCAGCCUGAACCAGCCUUUCCACUGGAGAUGGGUUUCGGCCAGCAUUCCUUCAUGAUGGCCAGCAGUGAAAGAUCCCUGCCCACAGUGCUACCCAUGGGAGCAAGCGCUUAUACACAGGAGCCUCCACAGCAGGCAGACAUGGCCACAAACCCACUAUCCGAAAGCCACGAGUUUAAACAAGCCUGCUCUAUGUGCUACGUUAAAACCGGUCCUGGGGUAUUAGACUACACCUAUCAGGACGAUGACCAUAAAUGUAAGAAAGACUUUCUGAUCGGAAAAAUCAAACACGCAGAGAAUCUGCCCUGGAAAUUGAUUCGACCGAGACCCACAAAAAACCAGUACAUGGGGCUUUAUUAUAUUUGCAAAGAUGUGGCUAACGGAGACGAAUGUAAGUACCCUGGUCACUGCACAUUUGCUUAUUGCCAAGAAGAAAUCGAUGUCUGGACUCUGGAGCGCAAGGGCUUAAUCUCCAGGGACCUGCUUUGCGAUCCGAGUGGGAGCCGAACCAAGCUUAAUUUGACCGUUCCCAGAAUCCUACAGGAGCACCAAGGGAUAUUUCUGUUCCUCUGUGAGGUGUGCUUCGAUCACAAACCGAGAAAAAUCAGCAAACCCGGUGUCUGCUCUCAUCAAGUGAAAUCGCAUGGGUUUGAUCAGAAUAAGUGCCUUGUCCAUCUAUUGAGGAAUCCUACGCUGAAGUACUCCAAAAUUCGCCAAUACCAUCCGCAGUGCCAGCUGGAUCUGUGUCGGCACGCGGUGCGCUACGGCUGUCAGCGAGAGGAUUACUGCUUCUUCGCCCACAGCUUCAUCGAGCUCCAAGUGUGGAUAAUGCAGCGUGACAAAGGUAUUACACAUGAAGCUAUUGUCCAGGAGGCAAAGAGCUUGUGGAGUACUGAGCACAGCUCACAAGAACAGGAGCUGCAAGCCGUCAUGAAGUUCGGCCCUCCGAACCUUAAACUGCAGUUUGUAUGCGGGCAGUGCUGGAGGAACGGGCAGCUCAGUGAGGCCGACAAGCAGAAGAAGUACUGCAGCGCCAAGGCCAGACACCCAUGGUCCAAAGAGAGACGAGUGGUUCUGGUGAGCUCGGUGGAACGGAGGAAGUGGAUAGAGGUCCGUCCUCUCCCAACAAGAAAGCCUGCGCCUGCUCAGUUUGAGAUUUGCUUGCACGUGGCUGCAGGUAAAAAAUGUCAGUAUAUUGGGAACUGCACUUUUGCCCACAGCGUGGAGGAGAAAGAUCUAUGGACGUAUAUGAAAGAUAACAAUAUUGCAGAUAUGGAGCAGCUUUAUGAGAAUUGGCUUCAGUUUCAGAAGCCAGGCAGCAAUGACGAGAGCUCAAGGAAGGAGAAUGGGAAGCAAAUUCACAUGCCCACAGACUACGCAGAGGAAGUGGCUGGUAACCACUGCUGGCUGUGUGGGAAGAACUGCAAUAGUGAGAAACAGUGGCAGCAGCACAUCACCUCAGAAAAGCAUAAGGAUCGCAUGUUCAACUCUGAGGACGACCAGAACGGCUGGCAGUAUCGCUUCCCUACUGGGGUUUUUAAAGUCUGUGAUCGGUUCCUCAAGGGCACGUGUCCCAGCGGAGAGAGGUGCACUAUGGCCCACGGCGACGAGGAGUUGAAGGAGUGGGUGGACCGCAGAGAAUUUCUUUUGAUGAAACUUGCCAAAGCCAGAAAAGAUCACUUGAUAGCGCCGAACGAUAACGACUUCGGCAAAUAUAGUUUUCUGCUUAAAGACAUUCAGUAAAUUGCAUUUAUUAAUUCAAGAACGUGCCAGAGAUGUUUGAAAAUCACAUGUCUGGGAUAGAGUGUUGAAGCGGACAAGCUUCGGUUCAGUUCGACGAGCUUCAGUUCGAGAGCUGAAGCUUUUUUUUUUUCCUCUGGUUGAUGUUAACAGUAAACACGGAGCUGGUUUAUUUAGCGCAAUCUGCUAAAUUAUGGCUGCGUAAAUGUUAGCAUUUAACACGGGGGUUAAACUCAUGUUCCAGCUCUAAGUGUUAUACAACGGGCCUCUUUUCAGAUUCCUUGACUUGUCAGGCCAAAGACACCAAAGAAAGAAAGACUCCAGUAUAAAUGAUUAAAUGAUUAUAUAAUUCUAUUUGGUCAUGUGAUCGCAACAGGCUUUAAGAAUUUAUUGGGUUGGUUUCUUCCCAUUUUAUUUGAAAUUGCAUUGAUUUUUUUUUUUCUUUCUUUCUGUCUUUACUGUUAUUUUCUAUUCCCUGGUGUUAGUAUUAAAUUAGCCUGUUGGUAAUGGUCACUUUUCUGGUCUGUCACGUGACAGGAGCACAAACAACGUUAAGCGUUGAGCCACGUAUGAGAAAUAAGCUGAAAAUAAUUUCAGAGAUAAACGCUUUGUUGGAUAGUUGGAGAUUUUUUGCUCUGAGAUUAAGCUUCAGCAUGAUUCAGAAGUUUCUUUGUUUUUUUUUUUUUUGGGUUUUUUUUUUUAAUAUCUAAAUGUUUUCCAGCUUUAUGGAGCUCUCGUUCUACUUAUUUUACGUUCUGAUUUAUUCACCAGUCUUGUGAAAAGCGCCAGUGCUCUUACUACGCUGUAAUAUUUAUAUUAUCCAGGCAUCUAUGACAGACGCACAUGAGACAGCGAGUCAUGUAAGAUUGGACCCUUGAGGUGCUGCAUUUUCUCACACUCACACAGGACUCACACACUCACACAGGAAGUGUACGUGUCAACUGGCGACGAACGAACAUGACUCGUUGUAGAAAAGCAUGUUUUACUGCCUUGUCUAUCCGACCUUUACGGAGCGUUUUAAACACAAUUAUCUUUCCCUAACUCUCUGUACCGACAGUGUAAAUGCCAUAAAUUUCAUAAACACCUCAUCGUACUAUAAAGAAAGACGUCACUCCGCGCUCCAUAUUACGGAAACAAAUGAUGUUCUGUAUAGAUCUCAGUAUUUAAUAUUAAUGUCCAGGUCUCACACUGUGUGAAGGAGCAAUGCUGAAACAAAGCAUUGUUUGUUUUUGCAUGUUUGAAUAAAAAAAAAAGCUUAUUUUUUUUUAACACCAGUACAUCGGUUAUGUCAAUUUAAAGUGUUACUGUGCAAAUCACGAUCUCUAAACCCCAGAGACCUAAAAAAAUUGCCAGCGUCUGUUCAACCGUGCAGGAGAACUUCACUGAGUAACUUAGCCAUUAGUCAGAUGGUGUGUUUUUGAGGUUGUAUUUCAAAUUAUGAGUCAUGGCUUUGCUUGAUCUUGGGUUGAAGAGAAAUCACAGAAUCUCUGAUGUUCUCGCUUCCUCUGGCCUCCUGUCAAGCAGCUUUUGUCCAUUUAUGUUACCGUUCAUUUAUUUAUUUUUCCCCUUCUUACACAGUUCACUUAAUUCUUCACUUCAAAUUUACAAUCCUUUGUUUUUCUUUUCAGAUACAAAUCCUUUUUUUUUUUGGUUUGUUUCGAAGAGAGAUUUUCAGAUCUGAUCUAGUUCGAGGUUGCUUGCUGAACCUUAAACCCUUAGCCACAGCCGUUAGGAGAUGGGUUUUGUUUUUCUUUCUUUCUUUCUGCUUGACUGAUCCAGACUAAUGUGUGAAUAAAACAGAACAUGUUCAGAA